CAGAUAUAGGUAUGUAAACCAACAAAAAAACAUUCAGCUAAAUUUGAAGAAUUAUGGUUUAGUUUGUUAUCUUUCAUGUGAUGCGAUUGGUUACUCUAUUGCUAUGGCAACAGCUAACGGUCGCAUAAGAUGAACAGAUAGGUGACAAGGACAGGUCUCAUAACACAUCAUGCCUAUAACAGCCAAACGAUGUGGGAUUAAGUUUGAUCCACCUUCAGUCAUUCUCAUAUAUGAAAAUGAACAUAUAAACAAGUUGCGUAAACGAGUAAUGCCAGUGAGGAGCUUUUCACAAUACUCAGACUGCAGCAGGGCUGCAGAGAGAUUGAAGCAUCAUCCUCGUCAUGGACAUUACCUGGACUCAGUGUCACUGGAGCAGCUGGUGAGGUUACACACAGUACUCCGGGAUCACCUGCGAGGUCUCAGUGUGGAGGAGAGUCUGAGAGAACAACGCCGCUCUCAUACAGACGACGAAGAUCUCAACAAGGUCAGUGACGAGGAACUGAAGCGACGCAAAGCAGAGAUGGACGUGCUGUUCGAGCUCAACCGGCGCCGCAAAGACGAACCAGACUUUGUAUAUGACCUCGAGGUGGAAUUUCCUGAAAACAGCGUACGGGAAACGUGCAGCUGGGACCAAUCUGAUGAAGAGUUUUGAGUAGUAUGUAGUGUAGUAGUACAGCUCCAGGGUCUCAUAUGAAGUUUCAUGUAUUUUUGAUGUAUCGUGUCUGUGUGGGUUUCCACAGAGUCCUUCAGUUUCCUUCCACCUCCCAAAAACAUGCCAGUAGGUGGCUAGUUAAAUAUUUAUUUUUAAAAUAUUUUGUAACAUCUAUUCCACAUAUCGCUUAAAUAUCAUAAUAGCACAGAAACAAAACUGGAUGAUCUGGAUGUCACACUUUAACCUUUCAUUAAUAGCUAAUAAACUUAACAGUACAAGACCACA